GCGAGUGUUAAUGUGGCUGUGUUGGGGUUUGCCUGUUUUAGUAGCCAUGGACUAUAUUGUAUAGUAGUGCCAAACAUAUAACCUAUUAAAUGUCAUUAUGCACUGCACGGUACAUCAAACCAGUACUGACCUCUCAUCAUGCACUAACCAGCGAUAAGGAAGAUGAGUACUUGAAAACAAGAUUCAUAAAGGGGAGAGGAGAUACAAUAUUUGAAAAACACAGACUGGGAACACUUUUCGUGUCACCUGGAAACAUUACAUUGUGAAUGGCGUUGACAAGGCACUUUACCGGAUGGGACAGGACAUUUAACAUUUUUGUCUGGUGGAUUGCCAUUGUACAUGUUGCAAGGCAGACUGUUUAUGGGGGUGGCUAUGACUUUGUGGGUCCCUGCAGUGGAAGAGACUGCUCCGUUUGCCAGUGCUUCCCAGAACAAGGAAUGAGGGGGGAACAAGGUGAGCUUGGCCCUCGGGGUCCCAUUGGGCCCCCAGGAUUCCCAGGCCCUCCAGGCGAGCAAGGGGAGCCUGGACCGAGGGGUCAGCCUGGUCCUGCAGGGCGAGCAGGGGAGAAAGGGGAACAGGGCUUUGCUGGUGCUCCAGGAUUUCCUGGGUUGGAUGGUGUUCCUGGCUUUCCUGGUUCUGUUGGCCCGAGGGGUCUUCCAGGUUUAGAUGGCUGUAACGGAUCAAGGGGUGACCCAGGUUUCCCAGGAAAUGAUGGAUUUCCUGGACCAUAUGGCAGACCGGGGUUUCCAGGCCAAAAGGGCCGAAAGGGUGAUCCUGUUGAACUGUUUCAAGAGGCCCCACCUGGAGAAAGGGGUUUUCCCGGGACACUUGGAAGUCCUGGAUCAGAAGGUAUUCCUGGUCCUAGUGGACCAGCAGGUCGAAGAGGUCCUAGUGGCACACAGGGAGCUCCUGGUAGAGCUGGGUUAAGGGGUCCUCCGGGAGUACCAGGGGGACCGCUACCAGGUUUUGAAGGCGAACAGGGAGAUCAAGGACCACCUGGGCCCCCUGGACCUUUUGAAUUUGUUGAGCCUCCAGAAGAUUUUUAUCAUAAAGGCGAAAAGGGAAAUAGAGGAAGGCCAGGAUACCCAGGACCUAAUGGGCCACAAGGCUUGCCUACUUUUGGAGAAAAGGGUGAAAAAGGAAUAGUAGGAUUUCCUGGGAGUCGGGGUGAACCUGGAUUUCCUGGUCGACCUGGUUUUCUUCAAGGAGUCAAGGGAGAGAAAGGAUCUCUCGGCCUUCCCGGACUGAAUGGAAACCACGGACAAUGGGGGCAGAAAGGCGACCCAGGCCCUAAAGGCCCAGUGACUUACACAGAUCCUCAUAGGCCAGGCAGUAUUGGAGACCCAGGUCCUCGUGGUCCCCCUGGUCCUGAGGGAGACGCUGGCCGACGAGGCCCUCAGGGUUUGUCAGGUCCUCCAGGUAUCACAAGCAUUGCAGAUUGUGACAAAGUCCCAGGUCCCCCUGGACCACCUGGAUUCCCAGGAAUUAAAGGAGAGAAGGGGAAUGCUGGGAGAGAUGGGCAACCAACUCCUCCGCAGCCAGGUGCCCCAGGAAAGCCAGGCAGAACAGGAGAGCCAGGGCAACCUGGUCCACCUGGGCCCCUAGGAUUCUUUUGUACCCCGGGUCCCAAAGGAGCUCCAGGACGAGCAGGACAGCUGGGUCAGCCUGGUCCCACGGGACACAAAGGCAACAGAGGAGAGCCAGGAUAUUGUGCCUGCGGACCAGUUCGGCCUAUGAUGGGUCCCCCUGGUCCUCCUGGGCCUCCAGGGUGGAAAGGACCAUUGGGGCUCCCAGGGAAUGAUGGGUGUAGAGGGGAUUAUGGCUUUCCUGGGAAAAUGGGGCACCAAGGACCAGACGGAAUGAUUGGGGAUCCCGGGAGAAGAGGCCAUAAGGGGGAAAAAGGAGCGAUGGCCAUAAUGAAUAUUAAAGGUCAUAAAGGAGAGCGUGGUAAACCUGGAGUUGAUGGAGCUUAUGGUUUCUCUGGAAGACCUGGCGUGGAUGGUAACCCUGGUAACCCUGGUAACCCUGGACCAAUCGGUGAUAGUUCCUCAGGUUUCCCAGGACACAAGGGGGAUCCUGGCUUAAUUGGCUCUAAAGGACUCCGAGGGCAAAUGGGCCCACCCGGUCCCGGGAUUGAAGGCCCUACAGGAAUGCGAGGGCCCCCCGGAGAUCCAGGGCCUCCAGGAAGACUUGGUCCGGAUGGUAACAAGGGGCAACCGGGUGACAUCUUGCCCUUGUCCUGUCCACCUGGCAGUGUGGGCCCACCUGGUUUGAAAGGGUUGCCUGGUCUCCCAGGAGACCCAGGAGAUCCCGGAAUGCCCGGCUUUCGUGGUUUAACUGGCGUUGAUGGGCGUAAAGGACAAAGAGGAGAACCUGGGUUAUCAGGGCUUACCGGACCUCAGGGUGCUCCCGGGCCGCUAGGAGAUCCUGGGGACCCAGGUAUUAGUGGACUUAGUAUAAAAGGCGUAGAUGGUUCACCAGGCCUUCCAGGUACACCCGGUCUGAAAGGUCCUGUAGGCGAGCCCAGUACUGGCAGUCCAGGACCCCCAGGGGAAAGAGGUUUCACAGGACUUCCGGGACUCAAAGGAAGGCCUGGAACCUCCGGUAUUCCAGGGAAACAAGGAGGUUUUGGGACCCCUGGAUUCCCAGGUUUGAAGGGAUUCCCGGGAGAUCGUGGUUUUCCUGGCCAGCCAGGACAUCCAGGCCAACCACCCUAUGAGUGUGAGGCAGGGUCACCUGGGCCUCCCGGCUCAGAAGGCAUCGAAGGCUGUAUAGGACCACCAGGUCCUGAAGGUCCUAAGGGAAAUAAAGGAGACCCAGGGCCACCAGGCAGAAGUGCAAUGAAAGGAUUUCCAGGGAAUCCCGGUAUUCCUGGGCUCCUAGGUAUCCCUGGCAGACCAGGCUUCCCAGGACAAACAGGAGACCCAGGACAAGAUGCAAUACAAGGACAAACAGGUGCUCCGGGGCUCUGUGGAAUUGAAGGGUUGCCAGGACUUCGUGGACAGCCCGGGCUUACAGGUUUAAAUGGGGGGAAAGGGGAAAAAGGGUUGGAUGGCAGACCUGGACCCAAUGGACAAAAUGGCGAAAAAGGACAAAGAGGUGACACUGGUUUACAAGGCCCAAUGGGUCCAGUGAUAAUUGUAGAGAUGAAAGGGCUCCAAGGUUAUCCAGGAUCUCCAGGUGCUAAUGGAUUCACAGGGGAAAGAGGGGCCAAGGGUCAGUCUGGAUCUACGGGACAGUGGGGCUCUUAUGGCAAACCUGGCCCCCCUGGCUUUCACAGGGGGCCCCCAGGGCCCCCAGGGGAACGGGGCCCGCCAGGGCUAUCGGGCCUCCCUGGACCCGAUGGAUUGGUAGGGAUCCAUGGAUUUCCAGGACCUUGUGGUGACAGAGGGGAUCCAGGCUUUCCAGGGCCAGUGGGCAAUCCUGGGAUCCCUGGUGCUGGUGGGAUUAAAGGUGAGAGAGGAGAAUCAGUCACUUCACCAGGCUUACCUGGACGGAAGGGCCCCCCAGGUGACCGAGGGUUUUUAGGAAACCCAGGACCAUCAGGUCAUUCAGGACCUCCAGGUGCUUAUGGGAUUGAUGGGAGACCAGGUCCCCCAGGCUCUCCUGGUGACUCAGGGCCCCCAGGGCCCCCAGGGCCAAUGGGUUGUCAGGGUCCACUGGGAAAACAAGGAUCUGAGGGCAACAGGGGACAGCCAGGUGCCCCUGGCCGUCCAGGAGAUCCGGGUGUCCCAGGACUUAGAGGGCCACCAGGACUCCUUGGCCUGCAUGGCCUUGAUGGACUGGUGGGUCAAAAAGGAGUUGAAGGUGCUCCAGGAAGAAAUGAUCCAGGCCCUCCUGGAGAGACAGGGGUGCCUGGUUGUAAGGGGGAACCUGGGGACCAUGGGCCCCCGGGAACCUCUCUGCCGGGUCCCAAAGGGUUGAAGGGACAAAUUGGAUAUCCAGGCUGCACAGGUGCUUCAGGGCCAGCUGGUCUUCCCGGUCCAGAAGGGGUGCCGUAUGCUGGACCGCCUGGUGACAUGGGCCCCCCAGGGUUGGAUGGACUGCCGGGUGCAAUGGGAGAGCCAGGCAUUCCUGGUUCAUUAAUGAUGUUCAAAGGGGACCCUGGGGAUGAUGGUAGUCCAGGUCAACAAGGUGACCGUGGCAAAUCAGGACUUCCAGGUCUUGAAGGAUUUCCAGGGAGUAAUGGAUUGCCGGGGUACAAAGGUGAACAAGGAGACUAUGGCCCAAUAGGACCCCCUGGAUCUCCUGGACCUCCUGGGGUCUGUGGGGACCCUGGCCUACAAGGAGACCCUGGAGAAUGUGGGAAACAAGGCCCUCCUGGUCCCCCUGGUGGCUUGCUUCCUCCACUAGAUGUCCCGUCAAUACCAGGCCCUCCUGGACCCCCCGGACCACCUGGACCUUUUGGUCCACCUGGCCACCCAGGUAUCAGAGGCAGGCCCGGAGCCAAAGGAAGUACGGGUGAGUGUGGCUUGCCUGGUGAACAAGGACAAAACAGCCCCCCUGGGCCACCCGGGCCACCAGGAGACCCAGGGCUCCAGGGAGAGGAAGGGUUGAGUGGUCCUCAAGGUCCUCCUGGUCCACUUGGGAAUCCAGGACCACCAGGCACAUAUGGGAAAUAUAGCCCUGGGUUCCUGCUAGUUAUGCAUAGCCAGUCAACGGCUGUCCCUGUCUGUCCACAGGACAUGACACAGCUUUGGUCUGGGUACAGUUUAUUGUAUUUUGAAGGGCAAGAAAAAGCCCAUAACCAAGAUCUUGGUUUUGCCGGCUCUUGCCUACCCAUGUUUAGCACAAUGCCGUUUGCUUAUUGCAAUUUGGAUGGAGUCUGUCACUAUGCCAGUCGAAAUGAUAAAUCCUUUUGGCUGUCAACCACUGCCGCCAUUCCAAUGAUGCCAGUGUCUGAAGAGCAGAUCCGUCCCCAUAUAAGCAGAUGUGCUGUGUGCGAGGCCCCCUCUCUAGCUGUAGCAAUUCACAGCCAGGACCAGUCCAUUCCUCAGUGUCCACAAAGGUGGAGAAGUCUUUGGAUUGGCUACUCCUUUUUAAUGCACACUGCUUCGGGAAAUGAGGGAGGAGGGCAGUCCCUGGUGUCACCGGGAAGCUGCCUUGAGGACUUCCGGUCUGCUCCAUUCAUCAAGUGCCACGGAGCACGGGGCACCUGCCAUUACCAUUCUAACAAAUACAGCUUCUGGCUUACAGUGAUCAGACCAGAGGGGCAGUUUCAAAACCCUCAGUCAGACACGCUCAAGGAAGAACAUCAGAAAAGACUGCGAGUCAGCAGAUGUCAAGUGUGUAUGAAGGUCUGAAAGCCAAAGUGGUCAUUUCUAAGCAAUAUUUCAAAUGGUGCCUCAUUAUGAAGAGUAACUCUGAGCACAGAACAAGAUUUAGGUGUUACUUGGAUAACAUUCCUGUGAUUGAAAUAUAAUGAAGAAAUAUGGAGAAAUUGGCUUUGUGCUGUUAUUUAUCUUUCUACAGUUUAAUCAACUGGUAAGUGCGGUGUGCCUCUGAUGUUAGAGGAUUCUAUAAACGUUUUCAAACGACCAUCAGAAUUAAAGUAGCUAUUUUGUUUAAUAUUGAAAAAUACAUUUAAAAAACAUACAAUGCCCCCCCUUUAUAAAGCUAUGGUUGGGAGCCGUAGUUACAAUGCUGUGCUGUUUGUCUUCCACCUUGUAAAUGGUCUGCAGUGUAAUGGGGAGAUGUACUAUAAAUGUUAAUGGUAAAAGAUACUGUAUAGCUUGAGACUCGACAAAGUAAUUUUGAGUGUCUGUGCCUGUUCAAUCAUUGGCUGGGUUUUUUUUUCAGACUGUCUGCAAAGGUAUCUUAUGCCAUGAUUUUGUGACUGUAUAGGCCAACAAACAUACUGCAUUUCAGUAGAUUCAAAACCAGACCUUCAGAAGUCACUUUUCUUACUUCUCUUCAGCACUAGCAAUAUUAUCACUGCCCCCUCUUCUGCUGAAGACCUUCUGAUUUGUAUUUUGCAAUGCAUAGUUUAGGAUAUGCAGAGAUUUCAAAGGCAACACUACUGCUUCCAGCUACUUAAUAAAGUUCUGUUGUUGAAACUCACCUCAGGGUUCGCGCUGCUCUCAGUCCUUUUUUGCAACAAACUGUAACCGAGCAGUCACACAACGCAUCGCUCCAGACAGCAAAGGCUAGUGCAUUGCAGUCCCAGUGCUGAAAUUGAAUUACCUCAUAGAUUCAUAAAGCCUGCAGAGUACCAACAGCAUAUAAUACAAAGAAAUUGAACUUUUCUGUAGUUCAACCAUUGUUACAUUUUAAAAUUAAUACAUUUCUGUUGUGUAACUUUUUAAAAACACUUUAACCAAACAUUACCAGUGGUAAACUGUGUACUAAACUCUACCCUCGGUGCAUCUACUGUAUUAUCUGAUUUUUGUAACAUGAAUAUAUAUUUUAUAAUAAAAAGUUAUAUUUA